AUGAGCAGCUUCAAUUCCCGCCCAGAGCUUCCACCCGUUUCCUCCACCCCGGGUCGCCUCUCCGGACACUUCCAUCUUUCCGCGUCCCUUGUCCACGGCGUAGCCCGCACAGCCCGGAAGCCACGCACCGAAGCACAGCUCCAGGCCGACCUUGCCAAGAUCGCGACCCUCCGCUCCCUCGAAGACUCCCUGCUUCGCGCCAGCCCCGACCUAUCCGAUCCCGAGACCUUCUCCCUCACGACCAAGCUCUUGCGCUUGAACCCAGAGCACUACACGGCAUGGAACGUCCGCAGGCGCUGCCUAACCUGUGGAUCAUUAUCAAGACCCUCGCCUGGGCCGUCGCCAUCGGCGCAGCCCGCGAGUUCGUCAGCAGCAUGCACUCAGUCUCCGUCCUCCGCCGACUCGUUGCCCUCUUCCUCGACCACGACCCAGCCCGACCCCGCGUCCCGAACAACCCCAGAGAGUGGGAAGAGUGGUACAACAGUUGAUGAUGGCAAAGACGUCACUUCAGAAGCGAAGAAUGCGCCUUCGACAGAGGUUGUUAUCGAAACGCUGAAGAACGAGUUGAUGUUCACCAUUCCCCUGCUCCUCGAGUUUCCCAAGAGCUAUUGGAUCUGGAAGUACCGUUCCUGGCUCCUACAACAAGGCAUAGAUCUCCUCCCGAAAGCCAUGGCUCGCCGCAUAUGGGAAGAGGAGCUUGGUCUUAUAUCCAAGAUGCUCACGAAGGACCGCCGCAACUUUCACGCCUGGGGCUACCGCCGGGAGGUAGUCACCACUUUGGAAAGCAAAGUCCUCGACGGGAAGAGCAUGGUAGAAUCCGAGUUCGAAUACACCACAAAGAUGAUCAACGUCGACCUGUCCAACUUUUCAGCAUGGCAUAACCGCACAAACUUGAUACCCCGCCUGCUUGAUGAGCGCAAGGCCGACGACGCCGCGCGGCAGAAGUUUCUGGAUGAUGAACUCAACCUCGUCCGCGAAGCACUGAACGUCGGCCCCGAGGAUCAGUCCUUAUGGUACUACCACCAGUUCCUCGUCCUAAACUUGACAGAAUCAGAAAACGGGCCAAAGAUCGCUCCGAAUCUGUCGCAGAAAGAGAGAGCGGAAUACGUUAAGCGUGAGAUUGACGAUAUCAAGGAGCUGGCAGAGGACUACGACGACGUCGUGGGCAUCUACAAGGCCCUGCUGGACUACACUAGGGCCCUGCCCCAAAUCGAGGAACGCUCUCUCACCGAUGAUGAGACUGCGGAUCUCAAGGCGUGGAUGGCGAAGGUGCGACAGCUGGACCCUAUGCGAUCGGGACGAUGGAGCGAUCUCGAGAGGGAGUGCGGACUUGUCUAA